AUGGGUAGACUUAUCGGGUUAGAGCUGCAUAAUUUCAAGUCGUAUAAGGAUACGGUGCAAGUUGGUUUUGGUGAGUCUUACUUCACCAGCAUCAUUGGGCCCAAUGGUUCUGGUAAAUCGAAUCUGAUGGAUGCCAUUUCCUUUGUGUUAGGUGUGAGAAGUAAUCAGUUAAGGUCAUCGGCGCUUGUAGAUUUGAUAUACAGGGGCAGAAUUGAAAAUGGCGAUCCAGAUAACGGCAAUGCUAAGAGAAUGCACCGAUCCGACGCUGAUUCGGAAGCUGGUCCAGAGAAUGCCACAUAUUCGGAGGAAGAACCAAGAAGUGCAUAUGUCAGUUGCGUGUAUCAAAAAGAUGAUCUUGAUGAACCAACAAAAUUCACAAGAACCAUCAAUACAUCUGGUGAUAGCGUUUACAAAAUCAACGAUAGAGCUGUGAGCUAUAAAAAAUAUAACGAGGAAUUAGAAUCCGAAAACAUCUUGGUCAAGGCGAAAAACUUUUUGGUUUUCCAAGGUGAUGUCGAAAGAAUCGCUUCUCAGGGACCAGAAUCAUUGACGCUAUUAUUGGAGCAGGUUUCUGGAUCUAUAAACUAUAAGAAUGAUUAUGAGAAAUUGAAAGAAGAGCAUAAGCUGGCUUUAGCUGAAUUCACAGACGCUCAUAAUUCAAGGAAAAAAGUGCAAAACGAUUUGAAAAGUUUUAAAGAAGGUGUCCAACGGGAUGAGCAAUAUAGAACGAGUUUAGAAAUUAGAGAUCAGUUGAAACAUAACUUUAUUUUAUGGGAACUAUUCCAUAUCCUUAAAAGAAGGAAGAAACUGGUAGAUUCUCUAACAGUUUCAAAAACUGAAACGACUGCGUUGAAGAACAAGCUUUCAGACGAAGAAAGAAUACUGACCAAAAUCAAAUCCACAACGGCUAAACAUGAACUGCAAUUGAGUAAGUUGAAAGAUACGCUCGUACAGUUAGAAAAUGAAAAAACAUCGUUACAGUCAUCUUUACUACCUGUUGGAAGCGAGAGGUUAGCUACCAUCAAGAGAAUACAUAACUUGGAAAAAAGAAUAUCCUCAUUCAAGAAAGAUAUGGAAAGGCAACAAGCUUAUGUCAAACAAUUCGAAAAUCAACUGAAGGUAGUUUCUAAAACAAAAAAGUCGUUUGAGAAAGAGUUAGAAAAUAUUCAUGCCAAUCUCAAUAAAUUCAAUUUAUCUGAAGAAGAUUUAAAACAAUAUGAGCUAUUGAAAGAGAAGUAUUUAAGUUCUGGAGGCUCUCAUAUCGAGGAAAAGUUGGCUAUCUUAAAAAACGACGAGUUUGAACUAAACGAAGAGAGUGAACUUAUUAACAAAAGACUGAAAACAACCAGGGAACGCAUAAGUGACGAAUUACAGGUCGAUGUCGAUGCUUUAGAAGCAGAUCUCAACGAGGUAACACAAAGGUUGAAUGAUAAAAACUCGAUAGCAGCUGCUAAGUCUAAAGAAUGGAAAGGUAUUCAAACUAAUCUUGAGUCCCUAAAGAAUAAGGAAUAUGAACUGAAUUUUAGCUUGAGAGACGUACUUCUGAAAAUUGACGAUCUUAACGCUGAUCAAAGAGAGACCAAGAAGGAAAGAAAACUAAGAGAGAAUGUUUCUAUGCUUAAGAGAUUAUAUCCCGGUGUGAAAGGAUUAGUACACGAUCUAUGUCAUCCGAAAAAAGAGAAGUAUGCGAUUGCAGUAUCAACGAUACUUGGUAAAAACUUUGAUUCCAUUAUAGUCGACAGUAUUGCUACCGCACACGAAUGUAUCACGUACCUUAAAAAGCAAAGAGCCGGUUCAGCGUCUUUCAUACCUCUUGAUACAAUCGACGUCAAUCCACCAUCAUUGCCGGUGUCGAACGUACAAGGCUGCCUUUUGACUAUUAAUGCUAUCGAAUACGAAGGCUACCUUGAGAAGGCAAUGCAAUAUGUGUGCUCAGAUUCUAUUAUUUGUGAUAACCUAGACCUAGCUAAAGAAUUAAAGUGGUCAAGAAAUGUCAAGGCCAAACUAGUGACAUUGAAUGGUGCUUUAAUACAUAAAGCUGGACAAAUGACUGGUGGUACGGCACAGAAAAACCAGAAUAGAUGGAAUAAAGAUGAAUACCAAGGACUGAUGGUAUUGAAAGAUCAAAUUACCGAAGAAUUGACAGCGCUAUCAGACAAAUUCAGAGCUGAUAACAUGAAAUCCAGAGAGCUGGAGAAUGAAAUAUCUUUGUUAAAUAAUGAGAUUUCGAGUUUGAGAACUCAGAUCACCCAACUUGAAAGAACUUUAAGUGGAAAAAAUGUCGAAAUCAAGCAUAACGAGGAUUUGAUUACUACAGAAUACGAACCUCAGCUUAAAUCCUUCACUCAACGUAUCGAAGAAUUGAAGAGCAAAUUAACUAAGUUGGAAAGUGAGAAAGAUGUUUUACAAGAACAGAUUUUUAGACCUUUCACCGAUAAAUAUGGCUUCUCAAUUAAAGACUAUGAACAAGGUACUGGCGAAAUUAUGAGAAAGCACUCCAAGGAGCUUCAACAGUUCCAGAAACAGAUUCUCACCAUUGAGAACAAAUUGGAAUUCGAAAAGGACCGUUUGGGAGCUACUGCGGCACGUCAUACAAAAGCCUUAUCUGACAUGGAUAAAUUGAAAGAGGCUCUGGGUUCAUUAGAGAAACAAGAGGACAUAAUAACGGAAAAGAUCAAGAAUGCAGACUCAAAAAUUUCACAAGAACAACAACUGGUAGCCAUUCAACAAAAGGAGCUAGAUGAAAAAGUGCACAAUCUAAUUUCAUUUGAUAGUAAUAUUGCAGAAAUUCAAUCGAGCAUGCAAGCCGCAAGACGAAAAGUGGAUGAAAUCAAAGAAGAUAUUGAAACACUCGACCUUGAACAAUUAGGUAUACUGAAGAAUUGUAAAGUCUCUAACAUAGAGCUACCGCUACUGGAUUCGUCGUUAGAAGAUAUUUCCAUUGAUGUUUUGGAUUCUAACAAUACAGGUAUAAUCUCUGAUCUCGAGUAUGAUUUUACUUCUUUACCGGAGAAGUACAGGCUAAAUGAUGGCGAAGAAGUGAAAGAAGAGUUUGAAUCGGAGAUUAAAAAGGUGGAAGAAAAAUUAGAAAUUCUACAACCUAAUUCUAAAGCUGUUCAAAGAUACGAUGAGACAAAACACAAAUUAGAUCAAGUAUCGAAUGAGAAUGAGAGACUGAGGAAUAAAGAAAGAAAAGCGAAAGAGAAAUUUCUUGAAGUCAAAGCUAAACGUAAAGAGUUAUUUGAAGCGUGUUUCAAACAUGUUGAUAAACACAUUGAUCAGAUCUACAGGGCUUUGACCAAGAAUCCACAUGAUAAGUCCGAACUAGCCGGUGGUAAUGCUUCUUUAACAGUUGAAAAUGAGGACGAACCAUAUUUAGGCGGAAUUAAAUACUUUGCGACCCCACCGUUGAAAAGGUUUAAGGAUAUGGAAUAUCUUUCUGGUGGUGAAAAAACCAUGGCCGCCUUAGCUUUGUUGUUCACCAUCAAUUCAUAUCAACCCAGUCCUUUCUUUGUAUUGGACGAAGUAGAUGCCGCUUUAGACAUCACUAAUGUUGAAAGAAUAGCACAUUAUAUUAAGCGGAAUGCUAAUCCAAAUGCCCAGUUCAUCGUUAUAUCGUUGAAGAAUGCUAUGUUUGAAAAAUCCCAAUCACUAGUUGGUAUAUUCCGGGAACAAGAAGAUAACUCUUCUAGAAUGGUUAGUUUGAAUCUCGAGAAUUAUGAUGAAGAUUGA